UAACGUGGGCGAGUUGUGGUGAAGGCUGUCAAAAGAGAAAGCAAUCAAAUGCUGUAAAAAUACACAAUGUUUUAUUUAAUUGAGGAUGGGUGACUCCUGAAUGACCUAAAUAAGACCUGAAUGGCAUCAGUGUCCAACUUCUGACUGACAGAUGGAAAGUGUCCAUGUGGUGGACCUGACGUCUCUGAGAUCCAGCCUAUCCACACUCUCACUACAAAGUGAUGUCCAGACCUGCAGGGCAGUUUUAGCCAAGGUUCUUGCUGCAAAAACAAAUGGCAUGGAUUUGACGGACAUGGUUCCAAAGAUUUUGAAGCUUUUAGCUCACCCUGACCUCAUUGCAAAGAAGAUUGUGUAUUCAAUUUUAACAGAGUAUGCACACAAGCAGCCUGACAUAGCCUUACUUGCAAUUAACACACUAACACAGGAAUGCUCCAACGGCAAUCCAAUGGUCCGUGGCUUGGCCUUGAAAACAGUUUGUUCCCUCAAUCAUGAAAACUUUUUCGAAUUUGGUCAGAGUGCUGUUAAUUCAGCCCUGACAGACAGUAGUGCAUAUGUGCGGCGGGUUGCAGUAAACUGUUGUGGAAAGCUUCACGACAGGUCUCCAAAUAUUUGUCAGGAGAGUGGACUGACAGACAAACUCUACCACAUCAUCAGGGAUCCAGAUCCUAUUGUAGCUGUUAAUGCCAUCAUGACCUUGGAAGAGAUUUUGAAGGAGGAAGGAGGUUUGGUAGUCAAUAAAAACAUUGCACAUUAUCUGCUGAAUAAGCUUGACAGUCUGACUCCGUGGGGACAGAUGUACACAAUGAACAUCUUGGUCAAAUACAAACCAAAGUCAGAAGAUGAAACCUUUGAUAUCAUGAAUAUGUUGGAUAAAUACUUGUCCCAUAAUAGUUGUAGUGUGUCUCUAGCUUGUUUGAAAUUGUUCACUCACCUUGUCGAGGAUCUUCCUCACUUAAAAGAUGAAGUGAUACAAAGAAGUUUAACAGGAAUUUGCUCGGUUUUAACAUCAGGGAAUCAUGAACUUGUAUAUUGUGUCAUUGAAAUACUUGAACAUUUUUUGGAGAAAGCAGGUAGUGUCAUUUCCGCUCAAUAUAAAAACCUAUUUUGUAAAUACAAAGAGCCUAGCUAUCUCAAACAGAAGAAAAUAAGCUUGUUACCUUUACUCGUUACUGAGGAAAAUGGUAGUGAAAUCCUAGAUGAACUCUGUCUGUAUACUACUGAUUCAUCUAAGACUGUUUCACUGAGUGCAAUCACUGCCAUGGGAAAAGUGAUCAUGGUCCAACCCUCCACUGUCAAGCAUUGUUUUACCAAAUUCAAGCAUCUGAUUGAGACGGAUGUGGGGUAUAUUCUAUCAAACACACUUCAAGUCUUACAACGCAUAGACAUGCGCAAUAUGGAGGCAUUCACUGACCUCCUUAACUUGAUCACCACCAAAAUCAACUUUCUUCAGGAUGAUGCUGGCAGAUGUGCCUUCCUGGCAAUACUCGGUUGCUAUGGCGACAAAAUAAGGGAUAGUCCAUAUAUCCUGGAGGAUUUUUUGGAAAUGUUUGGUGACGAUAAUGUUAUGAGUCCUCUUGUACAGCUACAUGUGCUGACUACCACUGUACAGAUGUUUUUCCACCACCCUGGCAUCUGUCAGGGAAUGCUCGGUGAGGUCCUGGAGACUGGUGUCACAUCCUCAGACAAAGCUGUGUAUGACCAGGCCAUAUUUUAUUAUACACUGAUGGCCACAGAUCCUAAUGCUGCUAAAGAAAUCCUGAUCUGACUUUUAAUGAAAACUGAGAUACAUAAUAACAACAUAAACAGUACCACUGUAAAUGUAUGAUAUUUUUUCUGUAUGACAAUUUCAGCAAAUCAAAUUUGAAUGUGACAUCGUCAUAUUAGAAAUGUAGUGAAACCACAUCUAUAACAAAUGUGAUUAUAAGACUAUCACCAUAAAUGACUCUGAUGGUGAUAACUGCUUUAAAUCAGUUCGUAUAUGCCGGUAAUUGAUGAUCUGGUAUAAAUUGACAUAUGCCGCAAGAAAUUCUAAAAUGAAAUCAUGUGUAGUGUGCAAAAUAAAAGUUGUCACAAUUACAGCUCUGUUGUAAUCUGCCGCAAGUUGAUGACAAUUAGUAGUUACCAUAAUAUAUUUAUUAUAAUUGUAUUUAGUGAUCUAUUAAUGCCACAAUGUUAUUCUAAUGUUGCUUCCAUCAGACAUGUACAAAAUGUUUAGGCAGGGAUUUUAAUGGCAACAGUAGUCAAGAGGUCUGUAGAAGUCAAUAACCUCAUACUCCAUACCAUUAUGUUUAUUUGAUUAUUUGAUUUCAAAGGUACAAUGAUACCUAACUUGCUACCUCCUGUCUACUGGUAAAACUUGUAUCACAGCAAAUGCCUUGAAAAUGUCUGAUUCCAAUGUUACAAAGGAAUAGGGCAAUAUCAGUUACACGGACAGACUAAAGCUGCUUGUACUUGUUUGUAAACAUUGAUGUUGAAUGCAUCAUGUACAUUAUUUGAGCUACAAACCUACUUUAUACACCUUUAACAAUUGUUAAUGUUCACACCUUAAACAUUUGUUAAUAUUACCAGUAGAUUCCUCUGAAAGUAUCAUCUUUUCAUUGAUAUAUUACACAGAUAAGUGAAUGUUACCUUCUUCUAUAUUGACAGGUUGGUUAUCACUUACCAGAAUGUCAUAGAGAUCGUUGGUACAUUUUUCUUUCUGUGUUGUUUUACAAUCAAACAACAUAUUAUCAUGAACCAGUAUUGUUGAAUUUGUUACACUAACCAUAUGUUGACUGGCUGUAUGUUAACCAGCCAGGUAAAGUUUCUUCCAUGUGUUUUAUAAGGUGAGGCAACAUUCAAAUUUUCAGGAUUUACCAUACCUCAUUGUAUACAUUCAAUAUCUACAUUGACAACCUAAGCUUUUACUAUCACAUUUAAAAAGUGAAUGCUUAUGACAUGACAGAUGAUACAUGACCAUGGCAGCUACUUACAUUAUGGGCCCAAAUUUAAAUAGUGUGAUCCUUUUCUGUCAUA